CAUAAGAAAGAUGAUCAAGUUUGAGGUAUCUGCACCAGGCAAGAUAAUUUUAUUCGGAGAACACGCAGUGGUGUAUGGAAAAACUGCUGUGGCGACUAGCUUAAACUUACGUACUAUUAUUAAAUUCACUGAACUGCGUAAAUCACAAGAUUUAAAGAACAUCAUUAAGAUAGAAUUCCCUGAUAUCAAAUUAUUUUUUAAUCUUCCUUUUUACGUAUUUCAAAACUACUUCUUUAACGAUAAUUUCAAUUAUCCAUUGGUCAAAGAAAAUAAUCAAUUGCAUAGUUGUGUGAGUGAUUUUCUCGAUUCAAUAGAGAAUCUGACAGACAAGAGCAAUGAUGAAAUUAUUACUGAGAAACAGAAAUUAAGUUUACGAGCGUUCUUUUAUUUGCUCGUUUAUAUUGCUUAUGAAGAACGUAUCAAUAUAAAAGAAACUUCCUUCCACGUGCAUUUAGCCACGGAAUUAAAAGUUGGUACUGGUCUGGGCAGUUCGGCAUCAUUCGCAGUAUGUCUUGCAGCAUGUUUUCUACAUUGGUCGCUUCUACAAAAGGGCAAUCACUUUACGUUUAAUAUGGAGGAGCUCGAUAAGAUUUCGAAAUACGCUUUAAACUGUGAGAAAAUUAUGCACGAGUCUCCAUCCGGAAUCGACAAUAGCGUAUGCACAUACGGUUCGGUAAUAAAAUUUCAACAGAAAGAGUUGGUGGAUAUGUUACCACAUAUGUCGAAUCUGAAAAUUUUACUCGUCAAUUCGAAUAUUACUCGGAGCACAAAAGAUCAAGUCAAACGAGCAGCGCAUUUGAAAAACUUAUACCCUGAGAUCAUCACUCCUGUGUUGGAUAGUAUCGAUGCUCUAUCGCAAAAUGCUUGGGAAAUACUUACAGAAAUGAGCAAUAACGCCGAUAAAGCUACAGAAUCUAUGGAAAAUGAUUGGUUUGAAAAGUUAUCGGUUCUUAUCCAUACAAAUCAAGGAUUACUAAUCGCAUUAGAUGUGUCACAUCCAACAUUAGAGACGAUUUGUGCAAUGGCAUGGACGCAUUCAUAUGCAGGGAAGCUUACAGGUGCUGGUGGAGGUGGAUAUGCAUACAUUUUGCUGCCGUCAAACACUGAAAGCGAAUCUAUCAAUCUUUUUUCACAACAAUUAGAGGAAAAGGGUUUCGAUGUCACGAUGACCAGUCUAGGUGGUAGCGGAGUAAAAAUAGAACAUUAAUUUGGAAUAAAUGGUUUAUAUAUAUUAGUAAUUAAAUAUGAAUAAUCAAAAUAA